GCUUGAAGGCUCUGCUGUUCAUGCACAGUAAACCGGUGUAGUACAGGAAGCAGCUGAGAGAGAGCGAGAGAGAGAGGCAGAGACAAAAUCAGGGAAAAGAGGAGAAGAAAGAAAAAAGAGAACUCCUUCUCCAGCACACUGAAGGUGGCAGCAGUUACAGCAGGAGCAGGAAAGGAGAGACAAAAGGAGGGGAACUGGGUGAUGUCGUCUUAGAGCAGCUUGGCUUCUGGAGAGAGCGUUCUUUUCUCUGUUUGCUGUCAUUCUCUCUCUUCCACUGUACCAGCGGGGGAGGGUACAUCGGCCGUCCCAGGCCUAGUUACAUGUCCCAGCAUCCCACAACAGCUCAGACAAGGCCACUGCGACCAUAACGGAGACUGUGAGAACAGGACAAGACAGGGAGCUAGAGAUCUUCGCGGUGCAUCUGGGCCCAAACCCCUCAAAACCCAGCGAUCCCUUCCAGGGACGCCUGUUUCUCUCGCACACUGCCCAAUCGACCUGCGCACAUCAAUGGAGGAAAAGUUCAAAGAGAUUGCUGAGGAGCUAUUCACACGCAGCAUGACAGAGAGCGAGAUGCGGAGUGCUCCGUAUGAGUUCCCGGAGGACAGUCCCAUCGAACAGCUGGAGGAAAGACGUCACCGCCUGGAGAGGCAGAUCAGCCAGGAUAUUAAGCUUGAGCCAGAGAUCUUACUCCGUGCCAAACAGGACUUCAUGAAAAUCGACAGUGCUGCAGACCUAGAGUUAAUGAAAGACAAAAGUGUGGACACUGUUGAUGAUGCCAUUAAGGAGCGAGAAAUGCCGAUGGAGAGAGAGUACCAGCGGGUCUCAAUAUCUGGAGAGGAAAAGUGUGGGGUGCCCUUCACUGACCUAGUAGAUGCUGCCAAGUGUGUUGUGAAGGCACUAUUUAUCCGGGAGAAGUACAUAAACCGUUCCCUGCAGAACUUUUGUAAGACUACAGCUCAUGCCUUGCAGGACCUUGGGAUGAAGACUCUGGAUCUGGGAAUUUAUGAAGAUGUACCAGAGACCCCUGUAGACGCUGAUGCCCCUGUCCAUCCACCUGUUUCUGAAACACACCCUUACGACAAUCAGGACCCCAAUAACAUGCCACCAGACACAGGAUAUGGUUGCAAGAUGGUGGACGGGGUAGUCCAUGUCUACACUAAGAAAACCAACAUGGAUAAAAGUGGAGAACUUGACCUGCCGUAUCCUGACCUUAAAGAGUAUAUUGCAGACAUGAAUGUGAUGAUGGCUCUUAUUAUCAAUGGGCCAGUGAAGUCUUUCUGCUACCGUCGCCUGCAGUACCUAAGCUCUAAAUUUCAAAUGCACAUCCUUCUGAACGAGAUGAAGGAGCUGGCAGCUCAGAAGAAAGUUCCUCAUAGAGACUUCUACAACAUCAGAAAGGUGGACACACACAUACACGCCUCAUCCUGCAUGAACCAGAAGCACCUGCUGAGAUUCAUUAAGAGAGCCAUGAAGAAAUAUCCCGAGGAGAUUGUUCACAUUGAGCGUGGCCGUGGUCAGACCCUCAAGGAGGUUUUUGAGAGCAUGAACCUGACUGCUUUCGAUUUGAGUGUAGACACGCUCGACAUGCACGCGGACCGUAACACAUUUCAUCGGUUUGACAAGUUCAACGCCAAAUACAACCCCAUUGGAGAAUCCAUCCUCAGAGAGAUCUUCAUCAAGACAGACAACCACAUCGAAGGGAAAUAUUUUGCACAUAUAAUUAAGGAGGUGAUGUUUGACCUAGAGGAGAGCAAGUACCAGAACUCUGAGCUCCGUCUGUCCAUCUACGGCCGCUCUAGAGAUGAAUGGGACAAGUUGGCUCAGUGGGCUGUCAAGCACAGCGUGUAUUCUGAUAAUGUGCGCUGGCUUGUCCAGGUGCCCCGUCUGUUUGAUGUGUACCACACAAAGAAGCAGCUGGCUAAUUUCCAGGAGAUGCUGGAGAACAUCUUUAUGCCUCUGUUUGAAGUCACAAUCAACCCCCGUAGUCAUCCUGAGCUGCAUCUCUUCCUGGAGCAUGUGGUGGGCUUUGACAGCGUGGACGAUGAGUCCAAACCUGAGCACCACAUUUUCAAUCUCGACAGUCCGCUUCCAGCAAACUGGACAGAAGAAGACAACCCACCCUACUCUUACUACCUCUACUACACCUAUGCCAACAUGAGUGUGCUCAACCACCUGCGAAGACGGCGAGGUUUCCAUACGUUUGUGCUGCGACCUCACUGUGGGGAAGCUGGGCCGAUCCACCACCUGGUGUCGGGUUUCAUGCUGUCAGAGAACAUCUCUCAUGGUCUGCUGCUCAGAAAGGCUCCGGUGCUGCAGUAUGUUUAUUACCUUGCUCAAGUCGGCAUUGCCAUGUCACCACUGAGCAACAACAGCCUGUUCCUCAGUUACCACCGCAACCCACUGCCAGAGUAUCUGUCCAGAGGCCUCAUGGUCUCCCUGUCCACCGAUGAUCCUCUCCAGUUCCACUUUACCAAGGAACCUCUGAUGGAGGAGUACAGCAUCGCCACUCAAGUGUGGAAACUAAGUUCAUGUGACAUGUGUGAGCUGGCAAGAAACAGUGUCCUCAUGAGUGGAUUUUCACACAAGGCCAAAAGCUACUGGUUGGGUCCAAAUUACGCUAAGGAAGGUCCUGAGAGCAACGACAUCCGCCGCACCAAUGUCCCGGACAUCCGCGUGGCGUACCGAAGCGAGACGCUCACCGAGGAGCUUCAUCUCAUCACUCACGCUGUGCGCACGGACGAGCUGGACGCUAUCGACGAGGAGGACUCUCUCACCAUGGGCUCUUUCCCAGGACGGCGCUGAAAUCUGACAAACUGUAAAAUCCCCAACCCCGUGGUCCACUCAGCAUGACACUGAAGAGAUGUGCUGUGAGAGCAGCAUAAACACCGCCACAACAAUUGUACAAGUAUGACAGCUGCACAGCUAUGAAAAAGCCAAGAAUACAGUGCUGCCAGAACACUUAGGCUUCACUUACUUUAAUGUUGCGGGGGGGCAUCCAGCCAUGUUUUAUUUUAUUGAAAGUAUCCCCAAAUGUCCAUUGUUUGCAAUCUGAGUCAGCUCCAUGAAGGUUUGCAGGGCCUGCCAUCAGGGUUUUCUGAGAUUGAACAGCAGGGAAUCGUGUGUUUGUAUUCCUGUCCUGUCAAAGCCAUCAGAUGGUCCCUGUGGUGUUUUCUGUUAAUUAGUAACAUGCUUUCAUAGUAGUAGCUGCAGGAUUUACGCUGACAACCAGCACAUUUAAACCUCCCCUGUUUUGCUUAGCCUCUUCCAUAUUUAGUCAUUCUGUUCUUUCAUUUGAUUACACACAAAUGAAGAAUUAGUGAUGCAUUUUUGCAGGAAUAACACGCUUUGAUUGUUGGUGGAGGUUGGACUUACCUGCACAACAAACUUUGACGGGCAUCUUGUUUAGUCUACUGAAUGCUGCAGCACUAAAUCAUAGCUGUGUGUGUCUUGCUUGGUGUGGUUUUUAAUCAUAUACUUGCUAAAUUGCACUUUCUAGAAUCGUUCUUCCAUGAUUCAGUCAGUGCAGAAAGAAAAAAACUCCACAGUUGAGAGGAGAGAAGCAGACUUUCUGUGGCUGGUGCAAACAUUCCUCGAAGCGAACGGGACUCUUUAAGCAGCGAACGAAGCGACCUCGUCAAAAAUGAUGAGAUGUUUGUGUACUGAAAGAGAGACACUGUAGAUUUUAAUCACAGCACAAAAAAAAUAUGGAUGAGUUCUCACUUUGACCUCACUGUGACCACGAAGCCCCCUCUGUAUGUACUUAGGGGCCCUGAUCACUCUCAUUCCUUUUGCUAGACAGUUACAGAGGUUUUUCCCCUUUGCAUGCAAUGCACUGUACAUAUGCACCCAGCCAAGGUUUCACAGUGCCUUUUCAUUUUUAGCUUUGAGCAGUGCAUGCUCUCUUUCUCGCCUGCUUAUUUUCCCUCAGUCGAUAAACACUGAGCAUAUACGCGCUUCACACUGUUUAGCUGAAACCACCUAGCUGCAUGCUCAGUGUAAAGUAGCUUUUACUUUGGCCUUUAGGAGGAUCUAUUACCGGUUCUGUGAGUAUGUAAAUGAUUUUUUUUUUUAUUUGCAUGUCUGCAUGAUUAAUGGAUGGCAGGAGAGAAUGAGACUGAUGUUUACAGCAAGCUUUAAUGUAAAACAUCUAAACUAAUUCAGGGCUGCCGACCAGCUUUCAAUCCAGAAUCUGUUUUGUAACGUAGCAAGCAGGUUUGUACUCGGCGUUGUUCACCAUGUACGAAUUCACAAACCAUGCUGGGACAUGGUUAAGACAUUUGCAUAGUACUUGUAGCAUUUUUUUUUUUAACUUGCCCCAAACCUGGUCAAAGCUGGUAUCACCCACCUCGGGAUUUUUGUAUUAUAACAUCACACUGCCUGCCACUGGACCUCCCAUCAGACUGCAAGCAUUCUUGUUAAACCCCAGUCGAGUAAGACUUUGAUGCCAAGACUAGAAGAGAACGAGUCAGAAAGUAUCAGGCUUUAUUUGAAUAACCAGCUGUAAAGUAUUAGGAUAGGUAAGUGUUUGCUUUAGAGGUGGUUAGAAUAAAAACUGAGAAUCCGUCAUUUUUCAGCUAUAAAUCGUAGCUACGUAAGUGAAGCUCUGUGGAAAUGUCACUGUGGGAGUUUCUGUAAAGAGUGUAUUUUUUUUAAAGGCAAUACAUAGAUGGGUAAUUUUAUGUAAUCGAUGUGAAGGUUUGACACUUCGAUUUGUUUUCUUUGACCGUUGUGGAUUAGUGUUAUGUCAUAAACAUAGUUUUACCAGUGUGGUUUUAUUACUGUUUAUUGCUUUUUGAAUCUAAGUGGACACAGAGUGUCUGCUCGGCCUCUUUAUUACUGCAUUAGUCGUUAUUCUUCACUUGUUUUUAUUCCUGUGAACUCUCAGCAUUUCAAUGCAAAUGUAACAGAUAAAAGUGUCAAAGUUGGUACUUUUUACUCUGAAGCCAAACGUCACCUCCAGCAGUGUCUGUGAACACUUUGGCCCUUGCACAUUUCCACGUGAACCAAAACACUGAUGGAUUUUACAUCUACACUGACGUUAGCCUUUUACUCGCUCUGUUGAAUAUUCAUUUUUGACUGCUCUGUAACAUUUUGCACUGUGAUUAUGGGAGUUUUUUUGAUUAACUAAAACUUUUCCACCUGUUCGGUUUCUAUCCGUUCACCUUUACAUCGUGUUGUUUACUGUUUAUUAUGUUAAUAAUGUCCAACAUAUAGUACACCCUACCUCACAAAUCAUGUCUUUUUGGAGCCCAGCAGCAGUAUUCAAGACUGCAACUCACAGCAAUCAACUGCUGACAUACUGAAAACUACAUAAGUCCCAUUAUAGUUUUGCAUAGUUCAAAUUAAUAUAUUACUCAUAUAAUUUAUAUAUUGAAGCCAACUGUCAGGAAAAAAGAAAAAGCAACAACUCCUUUUACUUGAGAUCUCACGUUUCUGGUAUUGUUUUAUUAAAACCAAUAUUUCAAUAUAUACCGGAGAUUGAGCUCAGUAAAUAGUAGCACAUGAGGGUCAGAGAGAAAAAACAUGAA